AUCAAGAGUAUCUUGAAUAUAUUGAAUGAUACACAAGACAAUUGCCAAAUAGAUUAAUCAACAAACAAGGGUUGCACGCAACUGGCGUCCAAUGCCAAGAAAUGUCGACCCUCACGGAAUUCCCGGACAUUUAUGCCCCUCCCUUUAUCCAAAAUCCGACGCCUUUAAAUCCCUUCCCUGCUACUGUAAAUGCGGAUCAGAGCGACCAUGGCGAGAAGUAAUCGCCGCUCCAAAACCCUAGAUUUCAUACUACAGUCUCGACUCGGAGUCUCCUUCCGAUUCCGACUCGGAGCCGUUUUGUCUCGCUCAUCAGAAGUUGCAACUCGGACAGGCAACUCAGAUGGUCGCGUGGAAAUCGGCACUCCCGCUGUUGUUUGCUGCAGCCCUGAUAAUCUUCGAAGAGAGGGUCUCGGUGCCGUCUUGCAAGAUCGUGUCCGUCGAUCGCAAUGAUAGUAGCAAAAUCCAGAAGAAUGGAGAGGAUCUAAAGGUGAUGAUGGUGGCAGAUCUGCUAUUGACGGGAUCGGAAGCUGGCUAUACGAGUCUUUACUUCAGAGAUUCUUACAUGGCCAAGUUCCUCAGGAAAUCCUUUGAGAGGGUGAAGCCUGAUAUGCUUGUAGUUUUGGGAGACGUUUCUGCAAAAGGGUCAGAGUUGACAAACAUUAAAUGGAUAUCUGUGCUGCAACAGUUCCAAAGGAUGUUGGAUCCCUUUCUUGGUCUUCCUCUUCAUAUUGUUUUGGGUGACAGGGAUGUUGGAGAUUGCAGUAAAAUAAAUUCAAAGUCUGUUCAUCGGAUGGCUAACAGUUUGCCAGGAUUGGACUCAGCCGGUUGUGGUGCCUUUGAAGUUAGCAAUAUUAGCUUUAUCUCCCUUAAUGCUGUUGCAAUGCUUUGCAGCAGCAAUGAUUUGCGCUUCAGUGUUGAAACAGUUAUUGAGAGAGAAAGUCUAGAUCUAAGAAACCAUGCCAAGGAAACAACAGAUGUACUAAGUGAGCCUGUCAAGUGGAGGGAUGAUUUUGAGAACUUCCACUGGAGGGAAAAUCCUAUGGCGUCAAGUUCUGGUCCUGUCCUCUUACUUCAUUUUCCCUUGCAUCGGACGAGCAGGAUCUGUGAAGGAACCAAUUUUCCUACUACAAACCUUGGGCAGAGUCACCAUGAGAGUUCGAGGAAACCUGAGCACCGUGGAUUUGUUGGUGCAGGCCCAUACGAGUUCUUUCACACAGUCCCCCCGAAUGUGACUGAAUAUAUCUUUCAGGCUCUCAGACCAAGAAUAGUAUUCAGUGCUCACACUCAUCAUUUCUGUGAGCACAUCCACCAAGAUGGGACACGUGAGGUGACAGUUCCGGCCAUGACAUGGUUUGCAAGGGAUGACCCAGGAUUUGUUGUUGUCACAUUCGGACCUGACCAUUCAAUGACAGUGAGCCAGUGUUCUUUAGCUAGAGAGUCACACGUAUUAAUGGCCUAUGCAUCUGUUUUGGUUCUAUUAGUAUCAACUAUACUCAUAGCAAGCAGAUCACGUAUGCUAGUGUGGGCAAAUGAUCUCAGACACCUAACAUUACCUCAUGGUGGUUAUAGAGGUAGUUGAAUAUUACCUUCAGAUCCACAUAGUUGGCUGUUUUUAAAUGAAGAUAACUGUUGUUGUUGU